ACAGAAGUAGCUGGGUCAUAUGAUAGUUAACGAGGAGUCUUGCUGACUAGUAACAGGAUUUCCAUCUCAGUGUGAGAGGGAGGGGAGCGUGCGGUCAUCAGGCGGCCAGGGAGAAGAUGCCAGCCAUCCUCGUGGCCUCAAAGAUGAAGUCGGGACUCCCUAAACCCAAACCGGUGCACAGUGCGCUGCCCAUCCCCCAGACCCACAGCAGACCAUCAGCUCUAGCUUUGCCUCUGGUGCCCGUCAAGACCCACAUACCCUCACUGGGGCAGCAGGUGGGCGCAGGAUCCACAAGAAGCAUCACACCAGUGUCAGAGGCUGGAGGAAACUCUCAGAUCUACACAGACUGGGCCAACCACUACCUUUCCAAGUCAGGGCACAAGCGUCUGAUCAAGGACCUGCAAACAGACGUCACAGACGGAGUGCUGCUGGCUGAGAUCAUACAGGUCGUAGCCAAUGAGAAGAUUGACGAUAUCAAUGGCUGUCCCAAGAGCCGUUCUCAGAUGAUUGAGAACAUCGAUGCCUGCCUCAGUUUCCUGGCAGCUAAAGGAGUCAACAUCCAGGGUCUGUCUUCAGAGGAGAUUCGGAAUGGUAAUCUGAAAGCCAUCCUCGGCCUCUUCUUCAGCUUGUCCCGCUACAAACAACAGCAGCAGCAGGCCCAGAAGCAGAUCUCCCAGCCCUCUCUCCCACCCGCCGCCCAGUCCCAAAGCACACACCCUCCCCUGAGCCAGCAGAGCAGCGCCCCGGCCAAGCUCAGCCACUCUCCGCAUGGGACUCCUGCCCUUACAGCCCAGAAAGCAGCACAGGCCGAGAUGCAGUCCAGACUUCCCGGCCCCUCAGCGAGGGUGUCCACUGCCGGCGGUGACAUCCCUCCAAGAGGCUCAGUCAGUGCUGCUGGGAACCGACGCAGCCAGGGCUUCAGUGACAAGACCAAAGCCAACUCGCACCUGAACAAAGAUUCCUCAGAGGGCAUGACCUCACAACCUUUGGUGAUGACUGAGCAUGCUCCGUCAUCUGCAGUGACUGUCAGCUCCUCCACCAGCAUCCCCGCUUCUACCUCCGCCCUGACUCCUCCCCCAUCUUCGUCAUCCUCCUCCUCCUGUUCCACAGCUAUUCCCCAGGCCAACAGCAACAGCAAGCCCUGGAGGAGCAAGUCAGUAAGCUCCAAGCACACCUCCUCUCCUUCUCCUUCCUCCACCAGCACCUCCUCCUCUGCCAUGCAGUCCGUCAAGCAGGAGAAGGACACCUCCUGUAAGGCUGCCCUGGCAGGUGAAGCUCCUCCUAAGGUUGUCACUCAGAAGUCAAUGCUGGAGAAACUAAAGCUCUUUAACAGUAAAGGAGGCUCCAAAUCUUCCACCUCCUCCAAUGGAGUAGGGGCCCAGACUGACAACGCUGCCCUGACCAGGCAGCUUGGAGCAGGACAGGUGGAGAGAGCCGAGACUGGCUCCAACACCGACCCCCUGGAGGAAGAUGAUGGCAACGUCAGGCCGGGAAUGAACGGGACCAGCAAUGGGACGGCCUAUGUAGCAGCUCCCUCAUCAGGUACUACUGUCUCCACAACCGCCAGCAGCCCUAAAAUUGCCCUGAGGGGCAUUGCCCAGCGCACUUUCAGCAGAGCUUUGACUGCCAAGAAGAGCUCUGUCAAAGGCACUGAGAAGGACAAGGAUAGGGGAAAGGAGAAGGAGAAAGUGAAGGAGGUGGGGAAACGAAUAUCAGUCCCUGACAGGACAGAGCUCAGGGGAGAGGACCCUAAGGAGGAAGUAGCUCCCGUUGCUGUAGACACAGACAGCUCAAACAAAAGGACCUCUAAAAUGACCAGCUUCAUUCCCAAGGGGGGUAAAGUGGCCAAAAAGGAGAGUUCCACCCCUGCACACAGCGGAAUACCAAAGCCAGGAGGCAAAGCCCCAGGAAUCGGGGGGAAAGCUUCCUCAGUGAAGGAGGUAGGGGAGAGACCUCGGAGCAUGCGGUUAGUAGGUGGUCUCGCCAUGCACCGCGGCCCCCUGGACAGAGACAGGGACAGGGACAGGGACAGCAGACACUCCAGCUCUACUUCCAGUCUUGCCUCCACAGAGGGAAAGACCAGCACUGCCCCUGUGGCGGGAGGAGGCACUACACAGAGCACAGCCAGCAACACGGUCAGCGUGCAGCUACCUCAGACUCAACAGCACCACAGCCACCCCAACACCGCCACCGUCGCACCUUUUAUGUACAGAUCCCAAACAGACUGCGAGGGAAUAGCGAACACUGAGACCGGCUCAGGAGGAAUAGGGGGAGACGUGUCCUUCACCAAGACCAGCCAGCUCUCUAUCGAGGACCUUUCAGGUGAAGACCCAGAGACGAGGCGGUUGCGUACUGUCAAAAACAUAGCAGACCUGCGGCAAAACCUGGAGGAGACCAUGUCCAGCUUGCGAGGAACUCAGGUCACACACAGCACCUUGGAAACUACCUUCGAUGGCGGCGUCACCACAGACAUCAGCAGCAGCGGAGGUGGCUGUGGUGGCAGCAACAACAGCGGAGGGGGUCGGAGCAUCCUCAGCAUUACUUCUUCCCGCCCCUCUUUGUCGUCAUGGCGACUAGGCCAGUCCAGCCCUCGUCUGCAGGCGGGCGAUGCCCCUUCUAUGGGGAACAGUUAUGGCGGCCGUGUGACUGGAGGCCAAGGAGGACGUUACCUGUACCCUGGGCACCUCCGACGGCAACUGGCUGGCAGGGGAGGAGCCCUCUGCAGCGUGGACCUUGGAGACCGAGUCGGGGAGGACUCUGACCUGGACGCCAUCUCUAUGGAGGUCACUGGAUACAUGAGCGAUGGAGAUGUGCUGAGCAAGAAUGCUGUGCGCGCUGAUGAUGUCACUAGCGGCUAUAUGACUGACGGAGGUUUGGGUCUGUACACACGGCGUCUGAACCGCAUGCCCGAUAGCAUGGCCGCCGUCCGAGAGAAUCUCCACAGAAACACGUCCUCUGGACAGGGAGAUGCUGACAGCUGGGAUGACAGCAGCUCUGUGAGCAGUGGCAUCAGCGACAACAUCGACACAGAUGACAUCAACACCAGCUCCUCCAUCUCCUCCUACGCCAACACACCUGCUGCACAGCGCAAGGGUGUCAACGCACAGCCUGUGACGGAUGCAGAGAAACACUCGGCCUCCACAGCGGUGCACCAAGCCUGGUCAGGUGAAGAGGUGAAAAGGCCAGACGGCGGGUCAGACAGUGGGGUCAGGAUGGAGCCAGGCUCCAAGUGGAGCCGCCGGAAUCCCUCCGACAUGUCUGAUGAGUCCGACAAGGGCAGCUCAGGAAGGAAGGCCCCCUCUGUGUCACACACAGGCUCUUGGAGGAGAGGCAUGAGCACUCAGGUUGGGGUGACAUCCCCCCGGACUAAAAGCACCAGUAGCACAGGCUCUGCAGGUUCCACUGGCCUCAAGACCCACAGUUCAGGUAAAACAGAUGAUGUCAAGGUCUCAGAAAAGGGUCGCCUCUCUCCUCGUCCUAACGGCCUUCACCGCUCACCCUCAGACACAGGACGCAGCAGCGGCGACGAGGCAAAGAAACAAUCAAUUCCCACCAGCCGCACAUCGACGACAAACACCGUUUCAGACCCUCACUCCCAGACACAUACACUCACCUCACGCACCCCUACCAGCACCUUCGGCUUCAAGAAGCAGGGCUCUGGGAUGGUAACCAUGGUUACUGCCAGUGGUGCCACCAUCACAAGUGGCUCAGCCACCCUGGGGAAGAUGCCUAAAUCUGGGGCACGCUCACUGGCAGGAGGGAUGAAGGCCGGUGGGCAUGAAUCCGGAUCGGUGCUAGGUCACCACGAUGAUGGCUUCCUUCCAAUGAGCGCCCGCUCCACACUGCAGUACCGCAGCCUGCCGAGACCCAGUCGCUCGGGAGCAGCCUCCCGCAACGGAAACCGCUCCUCCACCAGCAGCAUCGAGGCCGCUGUGCUCUCUGUCACAUCUCACGGGAAGAGCAUCACCAAGGCCAAUGGUUCAGGAGGUCUACUAGCCAAUCAGACGGAUCGGGAGAAGGGCGUCUCUGAGAUUGACAACCUCAGGAGUGGAGUUGUGAUGCAGAGCGGAGGAGCAGCGACUGUUCCUUUGACGGGAAGACAGCAGGUUUCUUCACCUACACUACGCAGGUUGUUUGGUGGGAAGCCCAGUAAACAGGCUCCGGUCACCACGGCUGAAAACAUGAAGAACUCCACUGUUAUCUCCAACCCCCACGCAACCAUGAACCAUGUAGGCACGGUGCUGGAGUCCCCUGACGGAGGGCUGGGAGGCGGGGACAGCGAGACCAACAGCCCCCUGUUUGGAGGCAGAAUGCACGGAUCAGGGAUGGGGACGCUGGGCAGCGAGCAGGCCUCCAGUCCAGGCUCAGUCUACUCCUCUACUGGCCCCUCCAACAGCCUCACAUGGGGCACCACCUUCAGUAGCUCGUCCGCCCAGAGCAGGGAGGGCACACUGGGUGGGCAUGGCGGGACGGGCAGCAUGGGAUACCCCUCUGUCAGCAGCAUGCACACCAGCAGCGAGUCCAUCGACAUGAGCCUGGGCAGCGCCGGAGGAGGCGGCGUCCAUGGGACCCACAGGGAGGACACCCUGUCCGCUCUGGGCCGCACUGGCAGCGUCAAGACCGGCAUGUCUGAGAGUCCCCUGUCCUCCCCCUCCGCUAGCCCUAUAUUCAGCCGAAACACGCUACCUCGGAAGCAGGACAGCGGGCCUCACUGUGGUAGAAACACUCUGCCUAAGAAGGGACUCAGGUAUGGGCCGUCCCCACAGCUGAGAGGUCAUGAGGAGGCCCGUGAUUGGCUGCGCUCCCACUCUACCAGCGGGCUGCAGGAGUCCGCCAGUAACUCCCCGUUCUCCCCUGGCUCCAGCCUAACCUCCCCGUCUGGCACUCGCUUCAACUUCGGACAGCUCGCAUCCAGCCCGACCUCAGCAGCUCAGAUCAACCUUGCCGGUCUGCGCAACAACAGUCUGACCAAUCAGGAUGUCCCCAUUGACCCUUGCGGCGACAACCGACUGAGAAACUCCUGCAUGUCACUUGACGAGAAGACUCGCACUAUGAGCAGAUCGGGCUCCUUCAGGGACGGCUUUGAGGAAGUUCAUGGAUCAUCCCUGUCUCUGGUCUCCAGCACGUCUUCCAUUUACUCUACAAAUGAGGAGAAGUCUCAGUCGGAGAUUCGCAAGCUGCGCCGGGAGCUGGACGCCUCCCAGGAAAAAGUUUCCGCCCUGACGACACAGCUCAGUGCCAAUGCUCACCUGGUGGCAGCGUUUGAACAGAGUUUGGGCAACAUGACCAUCAGGCUGAAGAGUCUCACCUUGACGGCAGAGCAGAAGGACUCUGAGCUGAAUGAGUUGAGGAAGACCAUCGAGCUGCUAAAGAAGCAGAAUGCUGUUGCUCAGGCUGCCAUCAAUGGAGUCAUCAACACACCUGAACUCACGCCCAAAAGGGACAGGACAGGCAGCAGUAACGGUAGUCCACAGCAGCAGAAUCAGCAGCCAGACCUGCGCAUCAGAAGGCAGCACUCCUCUGACAGCGUCAGCAGCAUCACCAGCGCAACUAGCCACUCCAGCGUGGGCUCCAACAUGGAUGCCGAUUCAAAGAACAAGAAGAAGAACAAGAAGAACUGGCUGCGGAGCUCCUUCAAACAAGCGUUCAGCAAGAAGAAAUCGCCCAAGUCGGCCUCUUCUCACUCUGAUAUCGAGGAGAUGACAGACUCGUCGCUGCCGUCCUCCCCCAAACUGCCCCACAACGGCACCGCAGCCUCCAGCCACAUGCUAAGGAACACGCACUCCAACUCACUAUUGUCUGAGUGUCUGGACAGCGAGGCAGAGACUGUGAUGCAGCUGCGCAGUGAGCUCAGAGAGAAGGAGAUGAAACUGACUGAUAUCCGCCUGGAGGCUCUCAGCUCUGCUCAUCAGCUGGACCAGCUCCGGGAGGCCAUGAACCGCAUGCAGAUGGAGAUCGAGAAGCUGAAGGCAGAGAAUGACCGUCUGAAGGUGGAGAAUCAGGGCAGCAGGACGGGCUCCCAGGCCUCCAUCUCCUCCUCUCCUCCCCCUCACACACACAGCCAGGCUGUGGGAACUGGACCGGGGCUCUCCCAGCACAGCCUCAACCUCACCACCAGUGAGUCCACCAGCCUGGACAUGCUGUUGGAUGACACAGGCGGAGAGGGAGGGAUGAGGAAGGAGGGGCGACGCGUGAAGAUGGUCGUCAGCCUGGACGAGGACAGCAAGUGGGGAAAGGAGGGCCAGUCUCGUCAUUUUCUGAUUGGUUGCAUCGGUGUGAGUGGUAAAACCAAGUGGGACGUCCUGGACGGAGUUGUCCGACGCCUUUUCAAGGAGUACAUCACCCAUGUGGACCCUGUGAGCCAGCUGGGUCUGAGCUCAGACAGCGUGGAGGGAUACAACAUUGGAGAGAUCCACCGGCCCAGUAUUCCCAGCGCCGCCCACACACCUGAGCUGCUGCCCUGCGGCUACCUGGUGGGAGACAGCAACACCAUCAACAUCCAGCUCAAAGGUGUGAGCAGUGAGAACGUGGAUUCGCUGGUGUUUGACACUCUGAUUCCGAAGCCAAUGCUGCAGCGCUACGUCUCCCUGCUGAAAGAGCACAGACGCGUCAUCCUGUCGGGCCCCAGCGGUACAGGAAAGACCUACCUGGCCAAUCAGCUAUCUCGACACCUGCUGCUGCUGGAGGGCCGACCUCUGACACCGCACUCUGUUGUCACUUUCAACGUGGACCACAAGUCCAGCAAGGAGUUGCGUCAGUACCUUUCAGGUUUGGCGGAGCAGUGCAGCGGUGUCCCAGGGGCGGACAGCCCUCUGGUGGUCAUUCUGGACAACUUGCACCAUGUCAGCUCCCUGGGAGACAUCUUCAAUGGCGUCUUCAACUGCAUCUACCAGCACUGCCCCUAUAUUAUUGGCACCAUGAGCCAAGCCACGUCAUCUGCCCCCAACCUUCAGCUUCACCACAACUUCAGGUGGGUGCUGUGUGCAAACCACAUGGAGCCAGUGAAAGGCUUCCUCGGUCGCUACCUGAGGAGGAAGCUGAUCGAGAUGGAGAUUGGCAGCCGAACACGGAACGUGGAGCUGGUGAAGAUCAUCGACUGGAUUCCGCGAGUUUGGCACCACCUCAACCGCUUCCUGGAGACACACAGCUCCUCUGACGUCACCAUCGGACCUCGUCUCUUCUUGUCCUGUCCCAUAGACGUAGAGGGAUCCAGGGUUUGGUUCACCGACCUCUGGAACUACUCCAUCAUCCCCUACAUGCUGGAGGCCGUACGAGAGGGACUACAGCUGUAUGGCCGCAGGGCUGCGUGGGAGGACCCUGCUGCCUGGGUGAUUGACACUUACCCAUGGUCAGCCACCCCAACUCCAGCCGAAUGGCCUCCACUGCUGCAGCUCCGCCCAGAGGAUGUGGGGUUCGAUGGCUACUCUGCCCCGAGAGAAGGAGUCCGGAAAGAGCCACCACAGAGCGACAGCGACGCAGACCCACUGAUGAACAUGCUGAUGCGUCUGAAGGAGGCGGCAACAUCAUCAAGUCCACAGAGCUACGACAGCGACUCCAACAGCAACAGCCACCAGGACGACAUCCUGGACUCUUCGCUGGAGUCGACCCUGUGAUGCCAUCAAAAUGCAACACUGGGAUCUCUUUUCAGGAGGAACUUUUUAUAAGAACUGUUCUCACUGUGAGAACUUUUUGUUGAGAAUAUAAUUUCAUGCCACAAAAUCCAGACACCUUAAUUUGGGUGCAGGUAACCCAAAUACUUAAAGUUCAAAUGCAUUUCAGAAAAUGGGCAACAAAAGUUUCUACUGCACUGUUUUGUUUUUCACCGCUGUGGCCCGUGGCUCCUCGGUCAGGAGCCUGAAAUCUACUUCAGACAGACAGAAUAAAAGCACACUGCCUGUCACUGUUGAUGAGGCAUCAUCAUUACCAUCAUCACCUGCCAUCAGCAUAAUUAAACACCAGCCAUGAGUUCUCCAUCCUCCACCGAGCUGCAAGCUCAUCAGGCAGAUACUGCCCAGCUGCAGUGUGCCUGAGCUGCCUGCAGAUGGUGAUGCAGGCCCUUGUCUCUAGAGCAUCAGUGAGCUUGAGCUACCAGCUGCUAAGAACACGCAGAUGAGGCUGCUGCUGGUUGGAUGGAUGGAUGGAUGGAUGGAUGGAUGAACAGCCUGCCUUUUUGUGCUCUUCCCUUUCUACGGCUGAAGUUGCAUGUGUGAUUGCUGGAGGAUAAAUCAAGUCAAAGUGAAUGUUGAGUCCUACAGCAUGCCUGCUCACAUUUCCAAAAGCUCCUAGAGAUCACAAACUCUAGAGAUUUCAUUCAACUCCAAAGUUGCAAAGAAUGAUGUAGGACUAAUCCAUGAAGGAGAUAUGUCCACCAAAAGUAAUUAAGAGCACAUAUAAAUAAAUAGUUCCUACAAUCAAAAUGUUUUUGAAUAAAAUGUCUGCAUUCAGUGAACAAAAAGGAUGAGAACUGGUAAACAAAAGAAGUUGGCAAACACUGAAGCAACAGCACUGAAGCUUCACCACCAGAAUGAUGUCAAAGGCUGUGGAAAACUCAAAACUAAGGAGACAAGCGUUUAAUCAAAAGUUCCCAUCACAAUCUUUGCUGAACUUUAGUUUCCUUUGGAGUUGACACAUCAUACGGCACUUUUCAUCAAGGUUAAAUCCUGCAUCAUAGCUUAGGAACUGUUGUUAUACCAGAAAAUAGUUCCUUUGAAAUAAUAACACACUAAGUGCAUACGUUUUAUUGGGCACACAGAUAAAAAGCUAUUCCAACCCAAAACAACAUCUGUAGCUAAUUUUACAAAGCAAGGACAAAAUCUAAUAUAUAAAAUCCCUUAAGAGUCUUUCAGGAGGAAAGGGCACUAACUGGGAAAUUAACAUUCACCAUGGCUAGAUAUUUCCUUUUAACUUUUACCACUUAAGAUAAUGUCCUUUUCUGUGUUGUAAUUCUCCAUUGUAAUUUCACAAAUAACGCCUCUACCACUUUUAAGUUCUUGCUUUGACCACUUAAUAAUUAUGUUAGAUCUCCUUGCACAUUGGCCCAAACAGGCUGUUGUAGCACAAAUCUCUUUUGGUGCUGGACUGAAUUCUAACAAUGCCUUACUCUUUUCUAACAGAUAUGUGCAUUAGCUGAUUAUUUGUCUAAAUGGCUGUAAACUUAACAGGGCUCUGAGUCGACACUCUCCUCAAGCACCUACAGUUGUCAAGGAGCGGCUUCGACCCGUCGUCAUAUCAAACGCCAAUGCUGUGGGAUUAAGAUGUGAAUGAGAAGCAGUACUUUGGGUCUCAAAAUAAUCUGUAUGCAUGUAUGACCCAGUGCUGUGAAGCUGGUGUAAAUAUUGGACCUAGCCUGACAUUGCCAGACCAAUUUACAAUUGUGAAUUAGCCUGGAACCCCUCAGUUCAUUUUCGAUUUCCAAGGCAGAGACCAAAAUUCCUCUGGACUAAAUUGGAGAAUCCAGAGGUCCAGCUGGUUUAAUACUGACGUGGUUAGCGGACUCAACGGAAUGUUCCACAUCAGUGACAGCCAUCUUGGUUGUUUUCUCAACUUCGUUCUUCUGUACAGUCAUCAAAUCAAACCCGCCCCAUAUUAGAGAAACUGUUGUGGUUGGCCCCACCCGGGCCAGGUUGGCUGGAAAUCUGUCUGAACAGGAGGGGAUCGUGAUGCAUCUGUCAGAACAAAUAAAACAUUAGCUUGCAGAUUCGUCUGGUUCCCAGACUAAUUUGGACCACUAGCAAGAAAGAAAAAUAUAUAGAUGUUUUGGUGCUCAAAAUCAGAACCUUUUGCAGGUUGAUUGGAUGAGGGAAGUUUAAGAAGACAUGUUGAUUUUAUACCUCAUCCCCAUCCUUUUACUGUGCUUUUGCCAUGCUCAUAGUCCGUUUUGAUUCUGUGAUUUGUGAUGAACAAAACUGUCAUAACAAACAUGUUGAACUAAGUGAAAACUAGUGUAUAUGCUGCUUUCUUUUAGUGAUAUAAUUAAUCUGAAGUUAAAGGUACUUGUGGUUGAAUGAUAAUGUAAAACGGUUUAACAUUUCUGUGGCAUAGAAAAUAAAGAAUAUUGUACUUUUUCUUUGUUUUAAACCUCCCAGCCUGCCAUCUAGGAAGGGCAGGCGGGCGUUUAAAGCUGGGGUCAUGCAUCACUUUCAGUGUUUUUGUCACCGAUCCUAUGCAACAUUCAUUCUGAUCUCCAAAUGCGUUUUUCAGCACUGUUGAGAUAAACAGCAUGAACCUGACUUGUGAAAGACGUUUCUGAUUUGUUGCCCAUGUUCUUUGUCCAUGUGUGUAUUUGAUAGAGGAUUUCCUGAUACGGUCCUUUGUAAGCACAAACUGAUUCUCUGUUUUGUGUAAAGCCUGCUCAGAGGUGUGGAUGUUGUGGAAGCAUAUGACCAGUCUGUCAGUUUAUUACUCACAACCUCAAUGAAUGUUUUGCCUUCUUUGCGAUGUACAUUUUUUAUAUGUAACAUAACUUUGUAAAUAAUUACCUUGAAGCAUUUUGAUGACUUUUUCUAGCUGAUUUGUUACAGUACUUGAAAAGGAGUAUUUUGUGUACAGUCUCUUUACAUCAGAGCAGAUUGGUGCUGUUUGUCAUCACUGGUCUGUCCAGGGCUCGGAGAAUUAAUCUAUCACUGUACUAGUCUUAAGUUAUUGUGAUUCAAUAAAAUUAAUAAUUAUUUAUGAUUGAA